GUGGGGAACUGGCUUGCUUGUCUCUUGUUGCUCUGCAAGAAAGUGAGUCUCCUCUCUCCCACAUCGCGAUUGAUCAAAAGAUCCAGAGCGCGCUCUCGAUGGUCACAGACAUCUUGUUUUGUUGUGUGCUGGGCCAAGGGCGAUCAAGACAUCCUCUUCGAUUGCUCCAGCGAUUUCUCCGUGUCACUCUCCCGUCACCACCUCAUUGAACUUCAAAACGCCCCUUCGGCGCCUCGAUUCAAAUUUUCCCAUCUCCCCCGGUCUUGGAACCUCGUUAAAGGGUGCGACGUACCCUCCGUACCUUUCGCCUGAUCCCUCGCGACCGCCGCCUCUAAAUCUAAAAAUCCCCCGAGUCCGCCCACUUGUCUUGCUCCUCUUGGUCUACUUCUAUCGAGCCUAUCUAUCAACAGCUCCAUCGUCCUGUCUUGUACCACUGCUGGACCACCUCAACCCUCACUGUGUCGCUCUCGUCGACAGCAGACCUCACCCCCAGCAACCGACUGCGCCGUCGUCCUCGUGCCUUCCUACACAUCUCCUCGCCUAUCCGUUCCUUCUCCUCGUAUACUGGGACAAACUCACUUCCUUCACCGUGUCUCUCACCUUCAGUCGCUCCUUACCUUCUCAGACAGUCCAACAUUGCUACUGACUUCGAGCCCUGGCCAAUACCUGAUCUUGAACCUUUGUUCAUCAAUAGAAAUGCCGCAUGCCUGAUCAAUCGCCUGAGCACUUUGAUCCCACGACUGCGCAUAUACUGGCUUCAACUGCUUUUGCUCGAAAAGUAGGCUAUCUGGGGGACAGAGGUAGCGGCUUUACAAACCAAACAGGCGAUAUUCGACUCCCCGCCGAAGAACCUGCUCGAAGGAAUCCUGUCUUGACCUAUCAAUCCUCACAAGCAGCCAAUAUGGACUACAUGCAACAAAAUGCUUUUGCCUUUGCCUCCCAGCCUCAGUCACAGUUCAUCUACCCGCAAGUCCAGUAUCAAGCCUUCAUGACUCACGCCCAGCAGCCUGUUGACGAUUUCUAUAUGCCCUACGGCGGAGCAGAGUAUGCCGAUUUUGCGGAUGCGGGCAUGAUGCAGGAUGAGUUUGGAGAGAAUCAGGAGAUCUCAACGCGCCCUAGACUCACCAAGGAACAAGCUGAAAUCCUGGAAGCCCAUUUUCAAGCAAAUCACAAGCCGAGCUCCCAGUUGAAGAGGGAAUUGGCUAUACAGACAAACUUGAAGCUUAACCGGGUCGGGAAUUGGUUCCAGAAUCGUCGAGCAAAGGCAAAGCAGCAGAAGAGACAAGAAGAAUACGAAGCCCAGCAUGCAGCAACCAAGCCUGGUUCGAAAGAGCCGAAGGACCUUGUUCUGGCUGAAAUCUCAAGGCGAGAAAUUAUUUCUCCCAGGUCUUCUGUUGCUUCACCAACAAAGGAGUCAAGCACGAAUUCAGCCGCAGCAUCAGUUUCCACCGCACAAACAUCACCUUCGCCCGUUACGGUCGUCGAGAACCCCAAGGAAGCUAGUUGGAACUCUUUGCAGCGUGCUCUGGGGCAGGCCAAAGCAGCGCAAGGCCAGCAGGUGACUCAGCCGCAAGCCACCGCUAUGUCGUCUCUAGAGAUUCCUCCGCAAACUGCAUCGAUGCAGCUCCCCAUUCGACUAAACGACUCACACACCGCUUCGUCGACAUCUAGCUUGCCAACUUGGCCAAAUCGGACUGCUGGAACCGUGCCAUAUCCCUCUCCGAUCACAUUUCAGGAUACUUCCUUUGACUUUGGCUUCGGCGAUGAGGUUGCAGAACAGACGCCCAGUCAAGACCCAACCACCAUUGACCCAGUGGCGGACUAUGGGCAAGAAUCUUUUGUAGUGACGCCUGAAGAUUACCGGGAGUCCCUUGCUACUCCGAAAGGCAUGCACAGUCACCAGAGUCCCAUGACGGCACUGCCCUCGCCAGGUCUGACUAUGCCUUCAUAUCCUGGUUCGCGACGCCCAUCGACCACGGAGGAUCUCUCGACCAAUUUCAGCCACUUUGCUCUCGCAAGCGAUGCGCCCAACAUGCUACCAGACCAGCGAGUUUCGGAGGGGAUCUGUCCUCCGCAGAGUGGCCCUCUCGACAUCGCCGCACGAAGAAAGCGACCUCGACCCGCAGCCUUGACAUCAGCCUCGCUUCGAAGCCGGUCCUACGGAGCCAUGACAUCGGCCUCCCCCACAUUUCGCCAGGGCAUCAUGAGCCCUCAAGCACCACAUGGUGUUCGACACGUUAAGUCGGCCGGUCAAAGCCUUCACUCGCGAUAUGCAGGAAUCCGGAAAGCCAGUUCGGCUCAAAGGUCGCCCAUGUGUGCCUCGACUUUUGCUGAAGCAGAGGCUUUGAACCAAUUAAUGGCUCAACAAGCAAUGACAACAACACCACUGGGAGAAUUGGCAGAACCCUUGUUGUCGCCAGACCACAUGCCAAGCGGUUAUGUAAUUGAUCCGGAAAAGAACCCAUUCUUUGCGCAAGCCAUUGACAUGUCCAAUCAAUAUUCCAUGCGUCCGCCUCAAAACCUUGCGAUCGCAGCAGCGUCACCCCCGGUGACACCGAUGAUGGCGGCCUUCAUGAGCAGAGCGCAAUCGCAACAAUCUCUCAUUCCGCCUGCCUCUGCUCCUCCGCAAUAUGCGGCAUUCACCGAUUACACACCUCCUUACUCAGCUGGACCACUUACCAACAGCAGCUGGUCGGACUGCCCCCUAACAUCGCCGGAAAUACCAUCAUUUCCUGUGACACACAUUGCUUCUCUUGGUUUUCCGAAUCAAUGUGAUGGACUCAGCGGCCAAUUCCAACAAUUUGUCCUACCUUCGGACAACAAGUCUGAAGUGGACUUUGUAUCUCACGUCGAACAGAAGAAAACGGAGUUUUAUAUUCAAGAGUUUCCAAACCAAAAAGAGGAACAUGCACAUGUUGCGCAACAACUUGCUCAACAGAAGCCUAAAAACUAUGUGUUUGCGAACACAGCUCCUCAGGAUUACACCGGCACCUAGAUGGAUGAAUCCAUUGGUCAGAGUCGGCCUACGGUUAUGAAUUUUGAUUUCAUUGUUUUGAGCGUAUUUCUAGCUCUCUCUCGGCGGCAAGCAAUCGUGGGAGGCAACGUUUCAACGGUAUAUGCAGGAUGGAUGAAAAUGCAUGAAAGAUAGAAUUGAGAGUUUUAGCAAUGGCGCUGAAUGGCCGACCAAGACUACAAGGGAACAUGUUUAUUGCAAGACUGAUGGAAGUACAGGUAUAAUAGGAUGAGGCACCUACGGGAAACGAACAUGAGAAUUGCCUCGGGAAUAUGAAUUGAGAUGGCCGCAAUGGACGGGAUUAAAUUUUCAAUUUUGUAAUACCACAAUCAAAUAUCUUCUUUGUCAGGCUUACAGCUUCUCGAUCAUGUUUGUUUCAGGUUGUAUAUGUCGAGCAAAAACAAUAACAUUGAGACAAAGUUUCGGAGCAGAAAUA